GGGCGCCGGACCCCCAGGCGGAGCGGCGGACGCCGGACCCCCAGGCGGAGCGACAGGUCUCGGGCCCCCAGGCGGAGCGGCGGGCACCGAGUCACCAGGCACGACAGUGGGCUCCGAGUCAACUGGCAAGACUGCGGGCACCGAGUCAACUGGCAAGACUGCGGGCACCGAGCCAACUGGCGGAACAGCGGGCUUCGAGUCGUCUGGCAAGACUGCGGGCACCGAGUCGUCUGGCAAGACUGCGGGCACCGAGUCGUCUGGCAAGACUGCGGGCACCGAGUCGUCUGGCGGAACAGCGAGCAUCGAGUCAACUGGCGGAACAGCGGGCACCGAGUCAUCUGGCAAGACUGCGGGCACCGAGUCGUCUGGCAAGACUGCGGGCGGGCUGGCAAGACUGCGGGCACCGAGUCGUCUGGCAAGACUGCGGGCACCGAAUCACCAGGCACGACAGUGGGCUCUGACUCAAUUGGCACGACAGCGGGCACCGGGUCAUCAGGUACCGGAUUGUCUGGCUCGACAGCGGGCAUCGGGUCACCAGGCAUCAGGGUAAUUUGGCUCGCCAGCGGGCACCGCGUCAUCUGGCAAGGCAGUGGGCACCGAGUCACCAGG